AUGGCCGACUCCGAAUUGCCCACCCGCCCCAAGCCCGAGGAAACCCCAGCCGCCGCCGCUGAGGGCGCCGAGGGCGCUGAGACCAGCAAGAGCGCAAGCAAGAACGCCGCCAAAAAGGCCGCAAAGGAGAAGGCCAAGGCAGAGAAGGCUGCUCAGCGUGCUGCUCAGGAGAAGGCCCAGGCCGCUGUUGCUGCCGUCGACACAGCCAAGGAUCUCUACGGACCCAUCCCCGAAUUCGCCGAUGUUCUUCCCUCGUUGAAAUUCUCUGAGUUUACCGACGCCCAUUAUGAGCAGGAGGUCACAGUCGUUGCCCGUGUGGACAACGCUCGUGUGCAGAGUGCCAAGCUGGCAUUCUUGAUGCUGCGACAGCAGGGACAGAAGGUGCAGGCCGUUAUUGCGGCCGCGGAGCCCAUCUCGAGACAGAUGGUCAAGUACACGGGUGGAUUGAACGUCAACUCCAUUGUCCAGGUCACCGGUAUCGUGAAGAAGCCUGAGAUCCCUAUCUCCUCCGCUACUCUCAGCCACCUCGAAAUCCACAUUCGCAAGGUCUACAUGAUCUCCGAGGCUGCCCAGAUGCUUCCCAUGCAGGUCAAGGAUGCUGAGCGACCACCCCCGGAAACGACCGAGGAGGGACCCCAGGUUGACGCCGACGGUGCUCCUAUCGUCACCCUCAAGACCCGUCUGGACAACCGUGUCAUCGACCUCCAGACCGAGACUAGCCAGGCCAUCACAUGGAUCUCUAGUGGUGUUGCAGAGUUGUUCUCUGAGUACAUGAUCAAGAGUGGAUCGCGGUGGAUCUUCACCCCCAAGCUGGUCGGUGCUGCUACCGAGGGUGGUAGCGGUGUUUUCGAAGUUAAGUACUUCAAGAGAAACGCAUACUUGGCUCAGAGCCCGCAGUUGUACAAGCAGAUGUGCAUUGCUGGUGACAUGGAGAACGUUUUCGAGAUCGCUCCCGUGUUCCGUGCCGAAGACAGCAACACCCACAGACAUUUGACUGAGUUUGCUGGUCUCGAUUUCGAGAAGACGUUCCAGAGCCACUACCACGAAGUUCUUGAGUUCGCUGAGAACCUCCUUGUCUUCAUCCUCACUGGGCUCAAGGAGCGCUACAAGGAUCAAAUCGCGACUAUCCAGAAGUCCUACCCCAAGGCCGGUGACUUCAAGCUGCCCAAGGAUGGCAAGGCUUUGAGAUUGAACUACAUGGAUGGUGUUGCCCUUUUGAAGGAGGCCGGUGUUGAUGUCUCGGAACAGGAGCGAUUCGAGAACGAUUUCAACACUGCGAUGGAGAAGCAACUGGGUCAGAUCAUCCGUGACAAGUACGAUACCGACUUCUACGUGCUGGACAAAUUCCCGAUGGCCGUGCGACCCUUCUACACCAAGGCUUGCCCUCAAGACCCCACAUUCUCCAACUCGUAUGACUUCUUCAUGCGUGGUGAGGAGAUCAUGUCUGGUGCCCAGCGUAUCCACGACAUUAAGGAGCUGGAGGAAUCUAUGCGCGCCAAGGGAUUGAACCCUGACCAGGAGGGCUUCGAGGACUAUCUCAACGCUUUCCGCCAGGGCUGCCCUCCCCACGCCGGUGGUGGUCUGGGUCUGAACCGAAUCGUCAUGUUCUUCUUGGGACUGCCCAACGUUCGGUUGACCUCCCUGUUCCCUCGCGACCCCCAGCGCCUGCGUCCUUGAGCAUGUAGUUUAGAUUACGACAAAACCCUGCCCGGGAUGGGUAUACAUACUAGAUUUGUUGGUGGAUCUACAUACCCGCAUGAGUAAAAGUGUAAUGGAAUUGAUGAGACCAAAUGAAAUUCCCCUGUCCAAGUUCGUUAAACAAAAGGCAUAUUCAAUACACCGACUUAAAUGCAUACGUUAGCGGAGAAAAUAGUUAUGCGUAAUUCUGAUGUUGCCCC